GAUAGUAUAGAAGUAUAGAUAUGUUUUACCUGAAAAAAAAAAUAUGUUUUACAAAUUAUAUAUAUACACAAGAAAGGGGAAAACAUAAGACGAGUAGAAGAAAGACUUUGAAGAUUUCACAAGCAGAAUUGAAGUGUAACGGAAUUUAUUGAUAUGGAAAGUACUGAGGCUAAAGACCCUUUGAAGGUGAAAGACUGGAAAAACAUUGGUAAGGCAGUAGCUGAUGAGAGUAGUUCUGAGUCUGUUGUGAAGAAAAGGCUUCCAAAAAAAGUUCGAAAUAUACCGGAGUGCUAUUUCCUUCCGAGAAAAACACUUCCUGCAGCUAUAGCUUAUUAUGGGUCGUGGAUUCUUGGCGGUGUUGGAGCUGGGAUGCUUGCAGAAAUUUGGAUAAACAAGAAAGUGAAAGAGGAUGGAGGAGGUGUUGUUUGGGAGUUUGGCAAAUAGAUGCUGCAUGUUAGCAUGAAUAAUCCCUUAUCAAAUUUCCUCCUGGACUGGAGCUUACUGGCUUCUCAAUGAAUGGAUUAAGUGUAACCAGUUUGUACUCGACAUUUAAGUCAUAUUGUGGUCAAGUUCCAGGCAACAGUUUAGCCCAGUUGGUUACGUGGGUAUGCUUUGCUUCUUAAUUUUCUUCGUUAUAACCUAGGAAAUGGAAGGACGCAGUUUUAAUCUAAA